UGGAGGCGGCCACCCCUGCCCGGCGGCAGGAGCCCCCCGGAGCCCGGCCGUAGAGCGGCGGCGGCGGCCCCCUCCCCAUGAGCAACGCGGAGGCUGCGGAGCUGAAGCUGGAGGCUGCGGUUCAGAAAGUGGAAGAUAGCAUCCUGAUCUCGGCAGAAGGGAAGAGCCUCUCUGUCAGGGGCUCCUGCGAAGACUCCCCACCCACCCGCUUGCCGGCUAGGAUCCGGGAGAUCGUCACCAAGAACCUCUCGCAAAGCGACUGCCAAGUGGCCUCCCACGCCGAGAUGUCGUCCCUGCUUUCCCUCCAGGAGGAGAACCGCAUCUUGCAGCAGGAGCUCUCCCGGGUGGAGGAUUUGCUGGCCCAGAGCCGGGCGGAGCGGGAUGAGCUGGCUAUCAAGUACAACGCCAUCAGUGAGCGGCUGGAGCAGGCGCUUCGCCUGGAGACGGGCGAGCGGGAAAGGGAGGCAUUGGAGAACAAGAGCUUGGCUCAGCAGAACGUGGAGCUGCGCCGGCGGUUGGAGGAAGAGCAAGCAGGCUACAAGAGGAAGCUGCAGGCCUACCAGGAGGGGCAGCAGCGGCAGGCCCAGCUGGUGCAGAAACUGCAAGCCAAGGUUGUCCAGUACAAAAAGAAGUGUGGGGAGCAGGAAGAGCAACUGCUUGAGAAAUCGACGGAGCUGGAGCAGCAGCGCCUAGUGAGCCGUCUGGACAUCACAGAGUCACGCUUGCGGCAGGAGGAAGAGCACAGCAGUGACCUGGAAAGUGCUCUCAUCCGGCUGGAGGAAGAGCAACAAAGGAGCACCAGCCUCGCCCAGGUCAAUGCCAUGCUGAGGGAACAGCUGGACCAGGCGAACACAGCCAACCAAGCCCUCAGUGAGGACAUCCGGAAGCUGACGGCUGACUGGACCAAGGCCCGGGAUGAGCUGGAGCAGCGGGAGGUGGACUGGCGGCGAGAGGAGGAGACCUUCAACGCGUACUUCCACAACGAGCACAGCCGCCUGCUCACCCUCUGGCGGCAAGUGGUGGGGUUCCGGAGGCACUUUGGGGAGAUGAAGACCACCAUGGAAAGGGACCUCUCUGAGCUGGGCCACGAACUCUCUCGCUCCAGCCGCACGGUCCAUGCUGCCUGCCUGAACCUGAACAGCAACUUGCGCCUGUCAGAGAGCAGCACCGGCGCCACCUUGGAGAAGCAGGCGCUGCUGAUGGCGCAGCUGGAGGAGCAGCUGAAGGACAAGGUCCGCGACAUGAUCCAGCUGCAGGUCCGCUGCGACAUGGAGAAGGCCGAGCUGGGCAACAGGAUUAACGAAGUCACGUCCAGCCUGGAGCGCUUGAAAGGCCAGAACACAGAGAAGACCAAGGCAAUUGAGGCGCUGACCCAGAAGCUGGAGAGUUUGGAAGCCUCCCAUGCCCAGGAACAGGCAGUGGCGGAGGCCGAGGAGGUGGAAGCCCUGCGGACAGAAUCUGAGUUGCUGCAGCAGACCCUGCGCGACCUCGCACAGGCUGUGAUCUCCGACGCGGACAGUGCCGUCCACCUCCCGGUCACGGAAACCUCAGACAGCGACGCCACCGGGCUCAGCCUGCGGGGCUUGUCUUCCAGCUUCCGGACGCCCUCCCCUCUGCGCCGUUCCUCCCCCCACCGCCGCAGCCUUUCCCCCAUCUUCCCAGACUCCACGCUGGCGGUGGUGCAGUCGGCCCUGCAGAAGCGCCAGCUACAGCUUCAGGACCUCCGGGGGAAAUACGAGGCUGCGCAGGACCUUGUGUCGUCCCUGAAGAGGCAGUUGGCAGAGAGCGACAACGAGCGCCGUUCCCUGGAGCAGAAGAUCCUGCAGCUGAAGGGGGACCUGGACAGGCUGUCGCAAGCCAAAGAGGACGCGGCUCACGAUGCCAACCGCUUCCGGUCAUCUGCGGAACUGCUGGGCAGCGAGAAGACGAACCUGGAAAAGAACCUGCAGCUAUUGCAGCAGAAGCUGGAAGUCCUCCAUCAGGAAAAGGAGAAACUGCAGCAGGCCAACAGCGACCUUCAGCGACAGCGUGAUGGCCUGGAAGAGGAGAAAGAGGACAUCUUAAAGGACCAGGAACGGGCUCGGAAGGAAAUUGAGCGGAGUCGCAAGCAGCUGGAGCAGCUGGAAGCAAAGAAGUCUGGCCUGAAGAAGGAGCUUGUGCUGGUGAAGGAAGCCCUGAGCAAAGCCCUCUUGGAGAAGGAGGUCUCUGAGCACGAGAAGGCCGAGGGGGAUGAAGCCCUGUCCAAGGCUGAGGCGAGCCGGGCUGAGCUGGAGCUGGCCUUGAGCCGCCUGAAGUCGGAGGAGUCCUCCCUGCGCGACUCGCUCUCCAAGAUGAGUGCCCUCAAUGAGGGGCUGGCGCAGGAUAAGAUGGAGCUCAACCAGAUAAUCAUCCAGCUAGAAGAAGAGAAGGCCUCUCUCUUGGGGAAGAAGCAGGAAGUGGAGCAGGAGAAAGCCACGAUCCGGGACGAGCUUGUGCGGCUGGAGCAGGAGAAGCUGGACCUGGACACAGAGCGCCAUGGAUUGGGCCACUCCCUGCAGGCGGUGGAGCAGAGCCGGGCGACCCUGGAGCAGGAGGUGCUGGUGCUGCAGAAGGAGAGGGGGCAGCUCCAGGAGCAGCUGGGACAGCUGUCCCGACACAGGAGUGCAACCGGUGAGGAGCUGGGGCAGGUGCGCAGGGAGCUAGAACGCCACAGCGAAGCAUCUCUCCGGGCAGCCAAGGAGAAGGAGUCGCUGAUGAAGGAAAAAGCCAGCUUGGUGGUGCAGCUGGCAGCCUCGGAGCGAGAGAACCGGGGUCUGGCAGAGGAGAUCUCUGGCCUCAGGUCUGAAAAAGACACCUUGGAGACUACCCUCUUUGAGAUCCAGCAGCACCUCACCCAGCUGGAGACCCGGAAGGAGCAGCUGGAAGCUGAGAGGCACGGCUUGAUCCAUGCCAAGGAAGCCUUGCAAGCGGAGCUGGCGGCUGCCCGCAAGGAGAUGGAGGCCGAGGUGAGCCGGCUGGAGAGAGACAAGGACCUGGCAGCCCAGAAGCUCAUUCAGACGGAGCAGGAGACCCAGGCCGCCUUGAGGAGUGCGCAAGCGGGUCACGAGGAGGACGUGGACUGUCUCCAGAGGGAGAAAGAGGCUCUGCGCCUGGAGCUGGAAGCAGAGCGCGAGGAGAUGCUGCAGCGGCUGAGCCAAGAGCGCGAGGAGAUCCUGGCCCGCCACGAGGCGGAGAAGGAGGAGCUGAGCGAGGAGAUCACCAGCCUCCAGCAGGAGCGGGACGAGGGACUCCUUCUGGCCGAGAAUGAGAAGCAGCAGGCGCUGUCUCUCAAGGAGUCGGAGAAGGCCAUUCUCCUGGAGAAGCUUUCAGGGGUGCAGCAGAGCCUGGCCAGCGUCAGCCUGGAGGCGGAGAGGCACAAGCGAGAUGCUCAGAGUCUGCAGGAGCAAGAGCGGACCACCAUCAACGCCUUGAACUCAGAGCUGCGGGGCCUGCGUGCCCAGUUUGAGGAGGCCAUUAUGGGCCACGAACGGGAGGUGAAGGUCCUCCACGAACAAGCCAGGGAUCUGAUGAAGCAGCGAGAGUCGGCCCUCCGCGAGGUGGAGGAGCUGAAGAUGCAGGUGCAGAUGCUGGAGGACGCGAGGGACCAGACCCGCCGGGAGCUGCUGGAGGCGCACCGCAAGUCGCGGGAGGCCCACGAGGCCCUGGAGGCUCAGCGCAAGGAGGCCGUGGACCUGCGGAGGUGCCUGAGCGAUGAGGCCAAGGAGAAGGAGGCCCUGCAGAGGUCCAAUGGGGAGCUACGAGUCGCUGUGAAGAGGGCCGAGAGUGAGCGUGUCAGUUUGAAGCGGGCCAAUGAGGAGAAGGAGCAGAAAGUCGCCAUCUUGGAAGAGGCCCGGGCAGCUGCGGGCAAGGAGGCUGCCGACCUCCGCAGCAGCCUCCAAGACGUGGAGCGUUCGCGGCUGGAGGCCCGCCGGGAACUGCAGGAGCUGCGGCGGCAGGUCAAGAUGCUUGACAGCGAAAACACCAAGAAGAGCCAGGAGGUGGCUGAGCUCCAGGCCCGGGUGACUCUGGAUGAGCAGCGGGAGGAGGAGAGCCGGAGGGAAUCUUUCAGCCUCAAGCAGAAGAUCGUGGAGAGCGAAGCCACCCGGGAGUCGACCCGGAAGGAGCUCCUCAACCUGCAAAGGAAGAUCGUAGACUUGGAGGGCGAGUUCCGCCUGCGGGAGAGAGGCCUUCUGGGGAGCCUGGAGGAGGCCCGCGGCAACGAGAAGAAGCUGAUGGACAACGGCCGCAACCUGGAGAUCAAGCUGGAGAAGGCGCAGGCCGAGGGGGCCGAGCUGAGCCUCCGGCUGAGUGCCUCCGAAGGGCGGGUCCACGGCUUGGAAGCAGAGCUCGCUCGCGUGGAGGGCCUGAAGCGCGACGUGGAGUUCAAGCUGGGUCGCCUCCACUCGGCCCUCCGGCGCACGAUGGGCAUCGGCCAUGGGGGCCGCGCCCCUAGCCCUGCCUUCAGGGCCCGUGGCAGCUCCCCCAAGAGGCUCUUCUCCCCCCCAAAGGGUGACGUCACCGCGGACGGGCCAGGCAGCCCCACACCGCAGGCAGGCAGCAUGGCCUCCUGUCCCCUCUCCCCGGAGCUCGCUGGCUCCCCCAGCCGGAGCGAGCAGCUGGUAGCCGACAUCGACCCAGAGGUGGUGCGCUCCGCGCUCCGGGACUUCCUUCAAGAACUGAGGGAGACGCAGCGAGAGCGGGACGAAGCCCGUUCCCAGCUGGGCACCUUGAACGGGCAGCUGGCAGAGAUGGAGGCCGAGCGGGACGUCGCUGUGACUCGUGUGCAGCAGCUGCAGAAGCAGGUGGCCGAAUGCGAUGAAGGGAGGCGCAGUGCGGACGGGAAGCUGAGCGGCGCCCAGACGGCCCUGAUGCAGCAGGAGGAGACCCUGCGUCGGAACGAGAGGGAGCGCAAGGCCCUGGCGGACAGGCUGGCCGCAUUGGAGCGGAGCCUGCAGGCGGCCGACAGCGAGCGCAGGGCGACCCAGGAGAAGAUCGGCAAGAUGAAGGCCAGCGAGGCCAAGCUGGAGCUGGAGAAGCGCCGCCUCAAAGACAUCCUGGACGCCUCCGAGAGCCGCAGCACCAAGUUGGAGCUCCUGAGGCGGUCGCUGGAGGGCGAGCUGCAGAGGUCCAAGCUGGUGCUGAGCGACCGCGAGACGGAGAUCCAGGGGCUGCACGACAGAAUCGACGUCCUGCAGAGACAGGUGUCUGAGGCCGAGCAGAAAACCAGCGCCCUGCAGCUGUCCUUAGACCGCCUCAAUCUCUCUCUGGUGAAGGCUACGGAGGCCGAGAGCUCCCUGAAGGAGAAGGUGCAGGGACUCAGCGCCUCCCUCUCCGAGAGCCAAAACAGUGCCAGCUCAGCCCAGGAGAAAGUGCUUCAGUUGCAGAAGGCCCUGGCGGCCAGUGAGCAUGACCGGAGGGUCUUGCAGGAGCGGCUGGAUGCGGCCCGCCAGGCCGUCUCGGAAGCCAAGAAGCAGAACGGGAUCCUCUCCGAGCAGCUCCAGGCGAUGAAGGGGCAGCAGGGGGAGUUGGAGCUGCAGAAGGAAGAGCUGGAGGGGCUGGUCAAGCAGCAGGAAGAACUGCUGCGCCAGAGCCAGGAAAGCGAGGCCAUCGGCCUGCGGAGCCUGCAGAAGGUUCAAGGGGACAGGCGCCUCUUCCAGGAGCGCGUCAGCAGCCUGCAGCGUGCCUUGGCGCAGCUGGAGAACGAGAAGCGGGAGGCGGAGCGCUCGUCCCUGCGCCUGGAGAAGGACAGGAACGCCCUCAGGAAGACCCUCGACAAGGUGGAGCGGGAGAAGCUGAAGACCCACGAGGACUCUGUCCGCCUCUCUGCCGAAAAGGGCCGCCUGGACAGGUCCCUCGCCAGCGUGGAGCAGGAGCUGACGGAGGCUCAGCAGCAGAUCCGGCUCCUUGAGGCGCAGGUGGCCGAGUUGGAGCAGGCCCAGACCAGGUUGGACUCCUCAACCCGACACCGGCAGGACCUGCAGCUGGAGGCCGAGCGGCUGCGCAGCUCUCAGCUCCAGGCAGAACACACCUUGGAUGCCCGGGAGCGGGCCCACCGGCAGCGGGUCAAAGGCCUUGAGGAGCAGAUCUCCACCCUGAAGGAGCAGCUGUACCAGGAGGUACGGAAGGGCCAAGCCAAGUUCACCCCAGGAUCCAUCCUCUCUUCUGCACCUUAGGCUGGACACCCCUCC